AUGAUUGUAACUAUGAUAGUGAUAAUCAUGAGGAUAAUGAUGAUGAUGAUGAUGAUGAUGAUGAUGAUGAUGAUGAUGAUGAUGAUGACAAUGGACAUGGUGAUGACACCUGAUGACAGUGAUGAUGGCCAUGAUCAUAUGGUAAUGACGGGCAUGAUCAUAAUAAUAGUGAAAAUGAUUGUAACUGUGAUAGUGAUAAUCAUGUUGAUGAUGAUAACAAUGACAAUGUUGAUGAUAAUGAUGACGACUAUGAUGAAGAUGAUGAUGAUGAUGAUAAUGAUGAUGAUGAUGAUGAUGAUGGACAUGGUGAUAGCACCUGA